GCGCUCCUGCUCUCAGAGUGUUUCUGGUUUAUAGAGUUUAGUGUGUCUCUCUCUGCACUCAGCAAUGUUCACUCAGCCUGGUGGAACGACUCGGGAGGAGAGGAAGACAUAGAGAGAGAGAAAGAGAGAGAGUGAGGGAGUGAGAGAGUGAUAGAGAGAGAGAGAUGAUGGUGGUGGUGUUCUGCGCUCUCGCGCUGCUGCUGGUGUCCUGCUGCACCGCGGAGCUUCAGACAGAAAACUGCAGCUCAGCUCACAGCGCCUGGACCGACCUCGGCAUCAUCACCCAACCCACGACCCAACACACACUGACAGGUGAUCGUCUGCAGGUGUGUGUGCAGGAGAGGACGUGCUGUACGCUGGAGGUGGAGGAGAAGCUCACUGAGAGGAGUAAACAUGAGUUCGAGAAGCUCAUGGACGAGGCCACCGAAGACCUGAGGGACACCUUUGUGUCCAGACAUAAAAGGUUUGAUGAGUUCUUCCUGGAGCUGCUGGAGAAUACGGAGCGCUCUCUGAACGAGAUGUUCGUGAGGACGUACGGGAAGCCCUACAUGCAGAACGCUGAGGUGUUCCAGGGUCUGUUCUCCGAGCUGAAGCGCUACUACACCGGCGGCAACGUCAACCUGGAGGAGAUGCUGAACGACUUCUGGACGCGUCUGCUGGAGAGGAUGUUCCAGCUGCUGAACUCGCAGUACCUGAUCACUGAGGAGUACCUGGAGUGCAUCAGUAAAUACAUGGACCAGCUCAAGCCCUUCGGGGACGUUCCAAAGAAGCUGAAGUCUCAGGUGACCCGCGCCUUCAUCGCCGCUCGGACCUUCGUCCAGGGCCUGAUGGUGGGACGCGAGGUGGCCAACAGGGUGUCGAAGGUUAGCAUUAGCGUGGCGUGUGUUAAGGCCGUGACCAGGAUGCUGUACUGCCCCUCGUGUCGAGGCCUGACCGCCAUCAAGCCCUGCAGGACCUACUGCCUGAACGUGCUGAAGGGCUGCCUGGCCAAUCAGGCCGAUCUGGACCCGGAGUGGACGCACUACAUCGAUGCCAUGUUGCUGGUGACAGAGCGGCUGGAGGGACCCUUUAACAUAGAGUCUGUAAUGGAGCCGAUCGAUGUGAAGAUCUCCGAGGCCAUCAUGAAUAUGCAGGACAAGAGUGUUCAGCUGUCCUACCAAGUUUUUCAAGGCUGCGGUCAGCCCAAGUCCUCGGGAACGAGCAGGUCCGCCCGCGGCGUCUCGGACGUUUUCAGCGGCCGCUUCAGGCCCUACAACCCCGAGGAGCUGCCCACCAGUGCCGCAGGCACCAGCUUGGACCGCCUGAGGAUUGUCUGGAAGACCAUGCAACACAGCGUGAUCGAUAUUAAAGAUAAACUCAGGCAGUCCAAAAACUUCUGGUCUUCACUACCAGAGGGGAUCUGUGAGGGGGAGCACGUGUCCACAGAGACGGAGGAGACAGAAGACUGCUGGAAUGGACAGGAAAUGGGCAGGUACGUCCCUGAGGUUCUGAAGGACGGGCUCACUCAGCAGGUCAGUAACCCUGAAGUCGUGGUGGACAUCACAAGACCAGAUUCCCUCAUCAGACAGCAGGUGAUGGCUCUCAAAGUGAUGACCAACAAGCUGAAGAAUGCCUACAACGGCAACGACAUCUACUUCCAGGACUCGAGUGAUGAGAGCAGUGGAUCAGGUAGUGGGAGUGGCUGUAUGGAGUCCUGUGUUACAGAGCCGGACACGUCUCCCACAGACAGUCCAGUCCUGGGGGCAGAUCGCAGUGGUGCCGUGUCUCUGCUCCCUCCGUCCUCCACAUGUCCCCUCCUCCUGCUCGUCCUCACACUGCUCCUUCACUGCAGAUAGGACACGCUGAGGAGGACACACUGCAGCUCCUGCCCUCCUCCAGAGUCCGUCCCCGCUCUCACACGGACGCCAGCGAUGCCGAGGACUCCUCCUCACCUCCCAGCAGUCCCUGAGGUUCAGUCAUCAAACUCUGAGCUUUAAAAACUUUACAACCACCUCAACGAGGAAUGGACAUCAUCUCAGCAUCCACCUCCAGCUCUUCUGAUCUCCAUCAGCUUCCAUCAGUCAGUUCAGCUCCAACAAGAAAACCUCAGAUCUUCUGCUCAUCAGAUAUUCAGCUCUUCAGAUCUUCUGCUCUUCUGCUCUUCAGCUCUUCAGAUCUUCAGCUCUUCAGAUCUUC